CACCCGAUGAAAACACAAAGAGGGACCCUGCGGCCGAUGGCUUUGACGGCACCGGGUGCGACUCGGAGGCAGCGGGAGAGAAGCUGUGCAAGGAUCCAAGCCCUGGAGUGAUGUGGGACAGCCACUGGCAUUCGGAAGUGAUGGAAACAAGCGGCCCCGGGAGCGGCCUUGGGGGCGACACUCGCUACGACCGAGGCUUCGGCGAGCGCUUGGAUUUCUUCAGCGGGCAGGAAAACGGCGUCGGAAAGACGGGGUGCGCCUUGAAUAAAUGCGAGAGGAACCCCAGCCAGCAGGAGCAGCCAAAUCCCGUGGGAGGCCGGGAAGGGGAGGUGUUUUUGGGUGAGAGGAGCCUCGGAGAGAGGGCGUUUCGCCCACAGCACUUGGGGGAGAAAGACGUGGGGCAGCAGGGGGCUGCUCCAGCCCAAGGUGGCCAAAACCUCGCGGAUUCGAGCGGCUUUCGGCACCGCGACGGCCUCGGCGGAGAGGAGCGGCCUGGGGAAAGCGAGGAGAAUUCGUCUCCGUGCUGGGAUCACCCGCAGGAGAAGUCGGAGGCGUGCGGGAGGUGCAGGCAGCAUUUCGGGCCCCGGGGCGGCCCCGCGAGCCAGCAGCAGGGCCAGGGCAGGGGCAAGUCCUACAUUUGCAGCGACUGCGGGAAAAGCUUCGUUUGCCACUCGUGGCUCGUUAGGCACCAGACGACGCACACCGGGGAGAGGCCCUACAAGUGCUCCGAGUGCGACAAAAGCUACAGGAGGAAGGAUUAUCUCCUCAACCACCAGCGCCGGCAUUCGGGAGAGGGGCUUUUCCAGUGCCCCCUCUGCCAGAAAAGGUUCGUGCUCAGGAGGAGUUUCGUGAAGCACCAGGAAAGCCACGUGCAGGAAACGCAUCUGACGUUGGGGGGUUGGCCCUGCGCCGAGAUCAGGGGGUCUGUGAUGUAG